AUCAUUCCUUCUGACAAGCAGAAUUCCUUGCAAUCAAAGCUUGAAAAAAAAAAACCUUUGAAUCCCUCCCCUGGCUUGGUUUCCGCGUUGCUUUCGUCUAGCGAAGAUCCGACCCGACAAGCAUUUCGCGGAUGCCCUUGGCAGAUUGUUUAUCAUAACAACCAAAAGCUCCCCUGUCCUUCCCGGCAAAAAAACCCCCCCAAAACUUGCGGCCCACCUGAACGACUCAUGAGAUAUUUUUGGUUUUCAUGUCUCUUUGUGGAGUGAGGAAAAAACAAGGACGAUUUUCUCGACGUUAAAAAGGGGGAAUUGUGGCUUCGAACUGCGAGGAGGAGACCGUCCUCCUUUUGGAGGCCGUCUCAUCAGUCUGCCGGUUGAAGUGAUGAACGGUGUUGAUCCUGGGCUGCCCGACUUGCCGAUCGAUGGACUUGACGGAAUCUCACACGACUGUUCUCUCGAGGCUCGCCGGCAAUGCUUUGCACCGACCUAUCUCGCACCAGAACCCCAGUUGACUCGACACCGGAUGGCUCGACAAACAUCGCUGCUCGCUCACCACCGGGUGCCCCUCACCGUCUUCCAGGUGCUCUUCUUCCUCCUGGCACUUGUACCCGUGGACGCUGUGUUCGUUCCCUUUGAUAAUUGCCUCCCGAAUUCGAUAGUCAAGUCGAAGCCUGCAAAGCUACACUUCGUCCCCCUUUUCGUCACAGCCAGCCUUAAUUCGUCGUCGGUAGAAAAGAACCUGACAGUUACCGUAUACGGCAAUGUGACGGGCCUUGCGACGCGGGGUGCAUAUCCGGAGCCAGAUGAUCCUGGAUGGUCUGAUCCCAAUGUCACUCUCGGCAAGAUCGUAAACGUCGACCAGUCAACGUUGAAAUACACCACCCUGUUCUCCCAUCUCGAUGUGCUAAGUUUCACACCUUACAGAGCAGACCCGCGUCCGUUCUGCGAUUCUGUCGUGCAAGGAGAAUGCCCUCUGGGACCUGUUUUCAAUGCAGAUCCAAAUGACCUCCCGCAGCUACGAGCUUUCUCAUUCUCUCACAACCUCUUCUCGACGUACUCAUUCGCUUCUAUCGUGCCGAACUUCGACGUUGUCUCCGGCGACGAAGCCAAAACCCCUCUCGCCUGCGUAACGGCUGAUGUUACUCCUGAUUUGGGGUCUCCGAUCAAAGACGCCCUCACAUACGUUCCACUAGUUAUUUUGAUAUUAGUUGGUGUCGCUACGAUAUCCGCCGCUAUAUACAGUCCGUGGGGUACAACGGAUAUAUUCCGGUGGACUAGCAAUUAUGGACGCGACGAAGACCUCCUACGUCUUGUCACUCCGGGUUUCGGUGAUUGUUUACAAUACAUUCAAUUCGUCAUUUUGUCUGGCUCGUUGACACUUAAUUAUCCUGGAUUUUUCCAGCCCGUCGUGAGUCACGUCGGAUGGUCUGUCCUCAUGUUCAACGAGAGUUUGGCCAGCCACGGAAACGGGACGCAGCCACUCCAAGAUGGAGUUUACAGCGUCAAUGGCACCUACGGACUUGACCGGAUGAGGCAAUAUAUCGGUAUGUCAGCAAACAAGGAUGUAUGGCCAGGCAUGGUGGUCUGGCUGCUUUCAGUGCUCGCUAUUAUCACCCUGGUUACACAACUCGCUUUCUCGUUCCAAUGGCUACACCGGAAGAUAGCUAAUGUCCCGGAAGAAGAUCUCCGGGCGAAAAACUUACCUUUCACCCUCGGAAACGUUAUUCGAAUCGUUUUCAUUUACUUUUUAUUACCGAUUGUGUCCCUUUCUAUGUUCCAGUUCGUGAUUGCUAGCUCAUCACCAGUGUCUACUGUUGCACUAGCUGCCGUUCUGCUUGUUUUCUUGAUUCUAUUUGCUGGUUGGUUCCUGGUUCUCAUCGCUAAGACGCGCCCACGGUCCUAUUUGUUCGACGAUCUUCCCACAGUCCUCCUUUAUGGCCCUUUGUACAACACGUUUUCGGACAGUGCGGCCCCCUUUGCAUGGAUCUCCGUUCUUCUUACAUUCAUCAGGGGCAUCGCGGUAGGGGCAGUUCAACCAUCUGGCAUAGCCCAGAUAGUGCUACUAGCGAUUUGCGAGAUCAUCCUUGUCCUUACCGUUGCUGCAUUUCGGCCUUUCGAAUACCCAACCUCGAUGAAUGCUUAUUACACUGUUCUGGCCGUCAUCAAAUGCAUAACUAUUCUUCUGAAUGUCGCUUUUGUUCCGUCUUUGGGUGUUUCGAACAGCACCCGUGGUUGGAUUGGUUACGUUAUUCUCGUAAUACACGGCGUUGUUCUGGUUUUCGGUUUUUUUCUCAAUGCGAUUCAGACGCUCAUCGAAGUCAUCGCACGAUUACUUGGAGCAGGUGGGGAAGACGGUGUUGAAGGAGGAGCUGCUAGAGGCGGACUUUCUAAGGUGUUUGGUAUGCGCCAGCUCUCGCGUCGAACGUCCAGGCGCCGUCACAUCCCCCGGUAUAGCAUCAAUUCUGAAGCGGCAAUGUUAGGCAGUGAAAUGGAAAGGCCUUCAACACAAUUGGAUGGGGAGCGACCACGAAGCUUUUCGGGGAGCUCCGCUAUAUUUUUGGGUCGAUCUGGGGCAGGAAGCAGGAUGAGCACUGGAUUUGAGGUCAGCAGUGUGUACGGUGUGGGUCAAAGUCGUGGAGAUGGAAGUAUGAGCUACACUCCGACAACUCCAGGAACUGUCGGCGCCUUUUCGGGCCCUGGUCGACAUCCAGGUGGAGCCGCGUCACCGCGUGGCGGCCUUGUUAAACUGAAACACGCUGAGACGGUCGAUCACUUCUACAGGCCUCCAAGGCAGCGUCGCGCUACCCUUGAUGGGAUGUCGCCAACUAGCCGGCGACAUAGCUCUUGGGGUGACUGGAAUAAAAGAGACUCCAGCAACACAAUUAGUGGAGACGAGAUUCAAACGGUGGACGGCCCGUCAGGGUCUGGACGAGGAACACCGGCGCCAGCCUAUCUUGGAGUUGCGAAAGAUGAUCCUGAUGGAGACGACGACCCUGCUCAACCACGAACUGAUUAUGCCGUUCGUGAAGCUGAUUUUUAUUACCGUGUUCGCGGCCCGGCACUCUCCAGUGCCCCAACUCGAAAGCUCAAGACUGGCCCGGCCGAUCCCACAGGCCCGGUUUCUUCGGCCACUGGAUGGUUGCGGAAUCUAUUUAGAGGGAAAACUAAAGAGAAAGGAAGAGGGUUUGAGGUUGUGCGCAGUGCACGCGCGCCUCCACCUGGAUUGAUGCUUUCGGAAGAAUCUGACGUGUUUCCUGAGCCUUAUCGGGAUGAACCCGAGCCUUCCAAGGAUGCGGUACGAACCACAGAAUCACCCGUGGACAGUGCCAAAGGAAACACAAAGAACCCUACGCCCAAUAGUGGGAAAGCUCCUGCAGAACCUCCUUCGUUACCACCGAUAACCACUACCGAUAACAUUGAGCUGCUUAGUCGUGUUGAGUCCACAAAGCAGCCCACGGAAGUUCAGGGUCUGCGAAUACGGCCCCCAACAAUUCCAAGAAAAAGCUCAAAACGGCAUUCGUCCGUGGAUAUGACAAGCGGGUCCGAAGGUGCACGGAAAACCGCUUCUACCUCACGUCUAUCUAUCGAUCAAGAGUCUGCCGAAGCGAGACCAAAGCAUCUACAGCUCAGCCACGCCCAACAGACCAGUCGGUUGCCAUUCUCUUCCAAAUCAUCGUCGACUCGAAGUGACCAGAUCUCCUCGAACUCUGCAGGAUCAAGUAUCAACAACGCUUUGGAUGAAGAUCCGACUACUCCUCGUCCGGCCCACCGAAGAAUGAGGUCAAGCCCUGGGCGAUACGGCUCGACCAAAUGGGCAGAUCGGCCCUCCAGUUUGGGAUACGUCCAGCAGCAUCGGGCAAGCGAUCAUAUUCACAAUACGGACUCGUCUAGCCCGCCGUUUUCUGAAAGCACGGCGGAGAUUGUCAAAGACCCUUGAACGCUUUCCUCGUUGAGUACCAGUUUCGAUGGCUUCGCGCUGCUGGUUCUCUUGGUAUCCUUGACGAUGCCUUUUCGAACACCUGGCGUUAAAGGGCUCUUUCCCGGAGAAUGUACAUACAUCGGCGAAGCGUUGGCUUGUUCGAAGGCGUUUUCCUUUUGCGGCCUCGUAUGAUGACCUGCCAUUGGUCGGGUUUCUCCUUUGAUCUUUUCUCUUAAACUCUUGUUCAACGUCAUAGAAGGCAAACGGGCUUAUGAUUCCAGAAUAUCUUGCUUGUCUUAGUUUUCAUUUUCCCCCUUUCCCUAAUAUUUACGACAUACUUCCUCCCUUGUAUAAAUAUUGUUUCCAGCGAUGGCCCCGAUGGUUAUGAUUUCUUCAUGUAUGAGAAGAAUGGUUGAAAGAGAGCAUUAAUAGCAGAUAUCUUACAUAGCUAACACUUGCCUUUGACA